CUCUACUCCUCCCCCCUCUAGUUUUCUGAAAUUACAGAUAGGUCCUUUUUAAGGUAGGGAGAAGAUGCUACCAGUGCAUGAGGCGCUUGACUUUGACCUGGACGUCAUGACGUCCGGGUUCGGGUUCACGCCCUGGGCGCCUGACACGUGUCCCACCUUGGAGCAGCUGAUGGCCACGGCGGCGUCGCCGGCGUCGACGUCCUCUGAUGAUGUGUCGGCGGCGUGCGGCGGAGGGACGGUGGAGGAGGAGGAGGAGAGGCGGCGGCAGCGGCGGAAGAUCUCGAACCGGCUGUCGGCGCAGCGGUCGCGGGCGCGGAAGCAGCGGCGCCUGGAGGAGCUGCGGGAGACGAGCGCGCGGCUCCGCGCCGAGAGCCGGGGGCUGGCGGCGCGGCUGCACGCCGUGGCGCGGCACGCGCUCGCCGCGCGGUGCCAGAACGCCCGGCUCCGCGCCGAGGCCGCCGCGCUCGCGCGCCGCCUCCGCGACGCCCGGCGCCUCCUCGCGCUCCAGCGGUUCGCCCGGCGGCAGCCGUACGUGACGACGACGCCACUGGCGCCACCGCCACCGCCGCCGGGGGGCGCUCCCGGCGCCGCCGCCGCCGUCCUCGCCUCGCUGAUGGCGUAGACGAAACCUUCUCACGGUUUUGGAAUGGAGGAUGGGUAUGACGAUCGUGCAUGACGACGAUUUGGACGACGACACCCUGCAUGCAUGCAUGACACUACUAAGAAAAGGAUCGUGUCGAUCGUACGUAGGUAUAAUUAACAUGUACAUUUCAUGGAUGAACGAAUGAUAAGUACAUGAUCAAACUUGAUGUAAAUUACGACUGCUAGGGUUAAAUCGAAUUACCAGUUUGCAUUGAGACUUGGUGUGUCCGAACAUGUGUGUGUACCUGUGAGCAACAGCAGACGGAAAGAAGCUGAGUGAUUAGAGCCACACAUAAGAUCGGUUUGGGACCUACCAAGUCUCAGUUGCCGCUCUCGUGGACUCCAAAUUGAUAACCCUGAGUUGUAUAUGCGAAGCAAUCCGGCAAACAACAAGCACAAGUUGGUCCACAUAAAUAAUUUAACAGUUUAUGUUGGAAUGAAUAUAUGGGC